AUGGCUUCAUCUUUGCAACAACCCCAAGAACUAGCUUUCAAAGGCAAUGGCUCGGUUUACUUAACGUGGGAAGAUCUUUGCGUGACGGUUUUCUCGAGAGCGCAAAAAGACGGUACAAAAUCCAUAUUAACAGGGCUCACCGGCUAUGCCUGCCCUGGUCAGGUUCUUGCAAUUAUGGGCCCUUCAGGCUGCGGUAAAUCGACUCUUCUCGAUGCAUUGUCAGGGAGGUUGAGUUCAAGAACACGGCAGAAAGGCGAAAUCCUCAUCAACGGUGGUAAAAAGAAGCUCGCCUAUGGAAAAUCGGCAUAUGUGACACAAGAGGACACACUAACAUGGACACUAACUGUUAAGGAAGCUGUUUACUUCUCAGCUCAACUCCAACUACCCUCAACAAUGUCUGAAUCCGAGAAAAGGGAAAAUGCCGAGAGGGCAAUAAGGGAAAUGGGAUUACACGAUUCGACUGACACGAGUAUCGGAGAAUGUGGCCAAAAGGGCCUCAGCAGCGGGCAAAGGAGAAGACUAAGCAUUUGCAUCGAGCUCUUAAAGCGGCCGAGGCUGCUUUUUCUAGACGAGCCCACGAGCGGGCUCGACAGCGCAGCCUCUUACUUUGUCAUGAAGAGAAUAGUGCAAGUGGCGAGAGAGUACGAAAUGACGGUUUUGUCCUCCAUACAUCAGCCGGUCAGCGAGGUUUUUCGCCUGCUCGAUGGGCUCUGUCUUCUUUCUUCAGGGAGAAUGGUGUACUUUGGGCCCACGUCGUUGGCCAAUGAGUUUUUCGCAACAAACGGUUUAGCGUGUCCUGCUUUGCAAAACCCGGCCGAUCACUAUCUUAGGAUUAUAAAUGCCGAUUUUGAUGAGGACAUUGAAUGUGGUGGUGCUGGAAACAGAUUGGGCACCGAGGAAGUAAUUGAUCUGCUCGUGAGAUCCUAUAGUUCGUUCAGUACUUGUAAGCAAAUGAAGGCAUUCAUAUCCGAAAUACACAAACAUGAUGGAGGGCCGACUGAGAAGGACGGCCAGGCUACAUUAUUCACUCAAUGCCUCAUUCUCACGAAACGAUCGUUUAUCAACAUGUAUCGCGAUUUAGGCUACUAUUGGUUACGAUUCGCCAUCUACAUUGCCCUGUGUACUGGCUUGGGAAGUGUCUUUUAUAACAUAAGAAAUAGCUAUAAUUUCAUUCAUGAAAGAGGCUCACUGCUCAUGUUUGUAGCUUCCUUGUUGACUAUAAUGGCUAUUGGCGGCUUCCCUUCUUUCGUACACGACUUAAAGCGUGAUCGAUUAAACGGCCAUUACGGGCCUUCAGCAUUCGUCGUUAGCAACACAAUAUCCUCGACACCGUUUCUUCUUCUAAUCUCGGUUAUUCCCGGAGCAAUCACUUAUUUCCUUGCGGGACUUCAAAAACAGGGAAAACUCGAAUUCGUGUACUUCACUUUAGUACUCUUUGCGUGCAUGAUGCUGGUCGAGAGCUUGAUGAUGAUUGUCGCGUGUUUCAUGCCGAAUUUCCUCAUGGGGCUCGUUGUGGGGGCCGGUGUGCAAGGACUCAUGAUGCUAAGCGGCGGGUUUUUCCAAUUGCCAAAGGAACUGCCCAAGAUUUUGUGGAAAUACCCAAUGUACUAUGUAGCGUUUCAUAGGUAUGCUUACCAAGGAUUGUACAAGAAUGAAAUCGAAGGGCGCGUGUAUUUUGACGAUCACGAGGUUGGUGGGCCCUCUUCGGCCGUUGAUGGGGAAACGAUCUUGAGGGACGUGUGGGAGGUGGAGAUGGGGUACUCCAAGUGGGUCGAUCUUGGUGUCUUGUUCGGGAUGGUGCUCGUUUAUAGGUUCGUUUUCUUUGUCGCAAUCAAGAUUCGGGAAAAAUCGGCUGGCUAG